UGAUAAAUCAUGUGUUUCAGUUUUAUUUGUGUUGUGAGUGAACGAGUGCUGCGCUGCUUUAACUGUCCAUGCGCGCUAUGGCAUCUCUCAGUGAUCAGCUGGAGGAGGUGAGGGCGAAUGCGGAAGAGAGUUUAUUUUCUCCAGGCUGUGCCCAGGAGAUGAGGGCAGGGGUGACUGCCAUGGCCAACGUACCCCUGCCUCCCUCCAGCAAAUACCGGUACAUAGCAGCUGAAAACAUGCUUAUGGAGAACAGUAGUGGAAACACCAGGAAGGAGACACUUGGCUCCCUGCAGAAACUCUCCACAGCUCUUAACAUCCUGGAGAAGUAUGGCUCUAAUCUUACCAACCCCAACAGGCCAAAGUAUUGGCGUACAGUGAAGUACAACAACCCUGUCUUCAGGACCACAGUAGAUUCUAUUCAGGGAGGCAGAGCAGUACUCAACCUUUAUGGGUACACCAAUCAGCAGCAUGAUGGCUUGAGCUUUCCUGAUGAUGCUCUUGAGCCAGAUGUUGAGAAGGUGGCAUCGGUGACACUUGAGGUCAUGAGCCUACGUAUGGAGCUGGACAUUUUCAUCAAGGGUGCCCAUCCUCAUCCAGAAUUCUUUGAAAGACUUAUUCCCUCCCUCAGUCUGCAGGAUGAUGAGGAACUCAGUCCAGAUGCAGUUGCCUUCUCUUCUAACGAGAAAUCAUGGGAGAAAAAGACUCCCUCGCCUUUGUCAGCUCCUUCUCAACCAAAACCUCCAUACAGCCCAGUGCUCUCUCCCUCUUCUCUAGUGCCCUCUAAACAGACAGAAAAUUGCACCAUAUGUGGAAUUAAUUCGGUCUCCGCUUACUGUCCCACCUGUACUCAGCGGCUGUGCACAGAAUGUGACAGGCUGUAUCAUUCCCAUUCAGGACGAUCCACACAUGUCAGGAUCCCUGUGACUUCCUCCAAACCUACAAAACGGCUUAGCUCAUCUCUGUCUACAUGGCAAUGUUCAUACUGCACCACAGUAAAUACAAUGCAGCAGGUUUUGUGUGAAACCUGUGAUCGACCCCGCCUGUCCUCUGCUGCCCCUUCUUUACAGGAGGAGCCAUCACAGCCCUCUACAAUAUCUGAAUGGCAGUGUAAAAGCUGCACAGUGGUGAAUGCAGGCAGCAGCAUUCUGUGUGUGGUGUGUGAACGCCCUCGUCUGGCCACCCGACCUCCUGUUGCACCCUCACGCCCAACUCCCUCUUCUACAGGACUAAUGGACAGCCAGUGGGGUUGCCAGUUCUGUACCUAUGUCAACCACACGCCAUCACCUGUCUGUGAAAUGUGUUGUCUUUCAAGAUCAGAACCUGCCCCAUCACUCUCUAAGGUCCUCCCACUCUCACCAGUCAAGGAUGUCACACCGCUUUCAACCACACCGAAAGUCACACCCACUGAGGACCCUGAUAUGAAGAGACAGAGAUUAAUGAGGGAGGAUGGGCUUAAACUGAUUCAGCUUAUUCGUGAAGGAGAGAAGAAAGGGGUGAGCCCAGAGGAGGUAUACACAAGCAUGUGUGUAUCAGGGAACAGCAAUGUGACGCCAUAUGAUUGGCUGAAGACAGAGCUUCCUCAUGUGCUUGAUGAGAUCUGUGUGAUGGCUGCAUCCUAUCAGCAAGAACUCAACGCACAGUCCACUCUGUCAAACUGUUCUGGGGGGAACGAGGGCCGGGAUGGACAGAAGAACAACGCUGUGCCCUUGUCUAGAGCCGAAGCCAAACGGGCCUGGCUGGCAGCAGGGGGCAAUAAUGAGAAGGCUGUCAGACAGGCUCUUAGAGACCGCAGAGCUAAAGUGAAAGAGCUGGGUGCUGUGGGCUUUAAUGAUGUAGCCUGCUGUGAAGAAGCCCUGAGACAGAGCGGAGGAGAGGUGAGGGGGGCUCUCGUCCUGCUGCAGCGCCCUUCACUGGAGCCCUUCCAUCAGCGCAUGUGGAGUGACGAACCAGAGCCCCCCAUCGACAUCAACCAUACUGAUAAACAGCGUGUUUGCCGUAGGUUACUGGCGGUGUAUGGUUUGCCCAGUUGGGGGCGCUGUGAGCUGGCUCUGUCUUUGCUGCAGGACCCUGCAGCGCCAUACACACUGGAGGAUGUGGUACAGGCCGUGCGUGAGUCACAUGAUCGAGAGUUCAUUCGCCGCGUUCUGAACAAGGAAUGCCCAAUCUGCCUGUCCGUCUUUCCCCACAGUAAGAUGCAGUCUCUAACAUCGUGCCAGUGCUCUGUGUGCUGUGGCUGUUUCAAGCAACAUUUCACCAUAGCAGUGAGGGACAAGCACAUCAGAGACAUGGUGUGUCCUGUCUGCACUGAGCCUGAUAUCAACGACCCGGAGCACCUCAACAGCUACUUCUCCACUCUGGACAUACAGCUCAGGGAUUGUCUGGAACUGGAUGUGUACGAGCUCUUCCACAAGAAACUGACUGAGCAGGCUCUCAUCAAGGACCCGAAGUUCCUGUGGUGCAGCCACUGCUCGUAUGGCUUCAUCUACGAUGGUGAUCAGCUCAAGGUCACAUGUACGCAGUGCAGGAAAAGCUUCUGCGCACAGUGCAAAAAGCCGUGGGAGCCCCAGCACAUGGGGCUCUCAUGUGAGCAGUUCCAGCAGUGGAAAAGAGAGAAUGACCCGGAGUACCAGCGGCAGGGCUUGGCCGGAUACCUGCGUGACAAUGGGAUCACUUGUCCUAACUGUAGGUUCCAGUAUGCACUUGCCAGGGGCGGCUGUAUGCACUUCAGCUGUUCUCAGUGCAGGUAUCAGUUCUGCAGUGGAUGUAACAACCCCUUUCACACAACGUGUGCAGUGAACCAGUGUACUGUGACAGGUCUGCAUGCCCAUCACCCCAGAGACUGCCUCUUCUACCUCCGAGACUGGGAGCCUGCCAGGCUUCAGGCCUUACUACAGAAAAAGGGGGUGAACUACAAUACUGACACUGCUCCUGGAGCACAAAUGGGUGUGUGCGGAGUGAUUGAGCAGAAAGACGAAGGGCCUCGUCCAACGGACUCUGCGUGUGGGGCUCAGACUCAGCCGGGCCAGGCGGGACUUUGUGAGAAGCAUUAUCGAGAAUAUCUGGUUAGCCUCAUUAAUGGCUAUUCGAUUGACCCUGCCCCCCUCUUCAGUCCCGAAGAGCUGCUCGUGGCCUGCAGGAGAUACAAUGUGGAAGUCAUGCAGGGGGAGGGAGAAGAUGACAGAACAUACUACACAAGACUUCUUAAGAAACUCAUGGAUGACGUACCUCUGGGUGACAAGGUCCCUCGCAAGAAGUGAAGACAUCUUUUCCUCCCUCAUUUAACAUGUGCUGACUAUUUUAACUGGGUGUGUGCCUGUAGCUCUGCUUGAUUGCAUGAGCUGAGAGGCAGACAGAAUGUCAAACACAGUCCUUCCCUAUUCUCAGUAACUACGUUUCCAUCCAAAAAAAGUUUUAGCACAUCAGAAUAAAGCUGAUGGAAACGCAAAUUAUCGCUAAAAUUUCACAAGUGUCGACAUAAUAUUUUUCCAUUUAACACUAGCACAUAAACUCCAUGUCGAUACAUCAAAUGUCACGAAAAACUGGUUUGGAAGCACUUUUUGUCAAGAAAAUUGGCAUUAGCGCAAAAAUGUAGUGUCACAUGACAGAAUUUACCCCAAUCGUUAGCCUGUGUUAAUCAUGACGACAAGGUAUCCUUGAAAUCAAAUUUAUUGUAGGCUACGUGAUUUUGGAUUGAUAUGAACGGCAUAAAGAUCUGAUCACUGCAAACAUGACACUUCCAGGAGUGCCAACACAAAUAUCUUGUAUCAAGACAUGCACACUGACAAGUGCACGGAGAACAAAUUAAUGGCGACUCUUUGCGAUUAAUCGCGGUAGACAUCCGUUUAUUUAUUAAAGUUGCUUUUACACACCAUUCAAAAUAAUAGACGGCAGUCAUGGAAUUAGCCCACAAUACAAAAAACAUAUCAUUUCUAUGCACAAAGAUGUUUUAAAUGAAAAAUAAAUACACAAUACUAGAAGAAAAGCAUCAGUGUGCUUUUUUGGAACACUAACAUAUAACCCAAUUCUAUUAAAUUAUUGUUUAGCUUUUUAAAAAAUGCCGGCAAAAUUCCCUGUAUUAAAUUAAAUAAAUUACCAAACGAAAAAUGCAUUAAAUUAAAAAAAUAAAUUACCAAACAAAAUGUAUUUUAUUUUUAGACCUAUAUAUGCCUUUUCUUUACACAAACUUAAAUUAGCCGUACCCUGUUCUGUAGACGAAUAAAGUCGGCUGAAUGACAUUUUCUACACUUCAAGACUAUAAACUAUCAGAACUAUUUGUCCAAUGCGGAGUUCACUUUCAGAAACCGAGCUUUUGAACCUUUUAAAACUUUAAAUAUUUUAAAUCUAACCCUCUUUACCUUGGAUCGCAUUUGCUGAGCUUCUUCAGAAAAUGUAAAUUGCAUUGUGACGCUAAAAUUAAUUUGAAAUGAUAAUCAAGUUCAGUUGGUCGUUAAAAGUUGUGGGACAAAUAUACGGGACAUAAUGCAGUUGUGAUGGCAAUGCUUUAGAUUAGAUGAUUGUUCAAAAUAGCCUAUUGAAUAUCAGGAAUGUAUCAUAUGUAAACCCUGAUAUUACACUGCAUCAGUAUUUCUUUAAUAGCUGUGCACACAGCAUAUACACAUGGAUGGAUGGUCCUUAUACUAACACCGAAAAUUUCCCCACUACUUGGUGCAGGUUGCCAGCUUGAACAGGGCCAUUACGAUUCGCUUUUGGGAUGGAAACGAUGGCAACCUGCGAUAGGCGCAACAUCAGAACCAGUAUUAAAGUCCUAUCAGAAGGGCAGCUGUUCCCUUUUGAUUGGAAUUCCUCGUCUUCUGAUUGCAUUUAUUUGUGAAAUUAAAAUGACAGUUAGCUGGUUAAUUUCAAUGAAUUGUCUCAAUACUCUCCCCAUUUUACCAAAACUUCGGAGGAAAAAAAUUAGGGACAUCUGGGAGGGGAAUUAGCGAUAAACACACAUUUCUGUAUGGAAAUGGCUUAAGGGCAGAUUUAUUUUGCGAUAAACCAAAACUUAUGCGACAAAGUGUUUUUUUUAGGCAUGAUGUCAUCACGCACACCAUUUUUAUCGAUAAAAGGCCAUUUGAAUGGAAACAGGCAGAAGACGGCAAAUUUCGCAAAAAUACUUUUACGCAUUUUCACUUUGUCGAUAACAAAAUAGCGCAAAAAGUGGAUGGAAACUAGGCUAAUGUGAUGUAGUUGUACACAUCUGCACAAUGCAUACACUGUUAUUUUUUAAUCAUUUUGUUCACCAAGGUUUUGUGAUCAAAAUAUCAUGCUUUUAAUAUUGCUAUGAUUUUAAUAAUUCUCAAAUUGCCAUAUACUGUCGCUUGAUGAUUUGAAAAAAAGACAAAGAAAAAAAAACUGAUAGCUACUAUGAAACCAUUUAUAAUCUCUAUUGCACAGGCAGAAAAAUCACGGAACAGCAGCAUUUUAAAUAGUUUUAAAAUUUUAAAUAGAGUAAAUCUUUUGGUGCCUCAUGGAGUAGAGUUCAUUAUCAGAAUCUAUUAAUAGCUGAACUGAGUUCAAUUGAAUCAGAAACUAAAUAUUUAGAAUGAUAGGUGUCAAAUGAUACAAAGUGAAAAAAUGGCUUGCUCUUUUAAAUCUGGGUUUUAUGUACAUAUAUAUGGAUUGAUUAAAGAUAAUUUAUAACAUUU